AUGCUAAAGUUAGACGAUCAUAUGACUCAUGAGUUAAAAGACACAUUUCAAGAUGUAUCUGCAUCUAGUAUUGAAAAUCGAAACUCGGCCAGUCAUUCUCGCCAAAAUCUUGCUGGUGGAUCCGGAGUUUUUGCAAAUUUCUUCGAAGAAAUGGCCGAGCCACUUUCUUACCAAUCCUCAAAUCUCAUUGAUGAAAGGCAGAGUACUAUAUCCACAGAGGACUGUAAAAUCCAAACACAGAGUAACGAGGUGAAGGAGCGCAGUUCUCCUAUGCUGCGUGAUGAGAUUAGUCCUAUGGAAGCUUUCUACGGUGAUAAUGCAGAUGAUGACCUGAAAAUUCUUGAACGAUAUCGUUUGCUCGUUAAUUCUUAUUCUGAUUCUAAACCAUGCCAAGAUGAUGAAUCUCAGCUGAGGCAGUUAUCUCAUGAUAAUACACUAAAACGUGGUGGACUACCACAUGGCGUAACAGAAUACAAUCCAACUGAUUUAAGUAGCCCGUUGUGUAUGUCAUACAUACAUAGAAGUAAACCACCUAAAGUAUUAGCCAAUCGUUUUCUGCUUGGUUCUACAAUUGGGCGAGGAAGUUAUGGAAAGGUGAAAGAUUCUAUUGAUCUGUUUACACUUCGACGUCAUGCUGUAAAAAUUAUUAGUAAACUAGGUGUACGAAAAAUUCCCGGUGGUUGGAGUCAAGCAUUACAUGAAGCUAGUUUAAUGCGAAGAUUAUCUGCUUGUCGACAUGUGGUUUCAUUAGUUGUUGUAUUACGACUAGAAAAUCCAGAUAGAUUAUGUUUAGUUAUGGAGCAUUGUCUUGGAUCAGUACAUGAUUUACAAGCUUCCGGUGUACCAUCUCAUACAGCUUUAAGUUCAGAAAAUGAAUUUGAAUUAGAUGAAUUCAAUGCUAAAUCAUCCUCUCCACGAUUAUCAUAUUUUAAACAUCAACAUGGACAAUCAUCAAAUGCUGUAUUAAAUGAAAACAUUUCAAAAGAUAAAAGAAAAAAUGUUGAUUCUUCUGAAAAGUUGAAUAAAUCUCGUCGAUUUCAUCCUAGAUUAUCAAUGGGAUCUACACAGAUCAAUCAAGAAACAGAUACAAAAUUUGAUAAGUCGAAAAGUCGUAAAACAUCAUCCAUAGAACAGCCAACAAGAAAACGUACAUCCUCUCAACAACAACAACAAUUUCGUCGACUUCCUGAAGCACAAGCGCAUGCCUACUUUUUACAAUUAAUAGACGGUUUACAUUUUCUUCAUCGUAACGGUGUUAUACAUCGUGAUAUUAAACCAGCUAAUUUAUUAUUAACACCUGCACCAGGCUGUGGUUUAAGUGGUUUUGGCAGUCCAAAUGGUACCAUGGAUUUACCAGAUCAUAAUUGGUUAUGCAGUACGGGUAGUCAAUCAGCGUUUUGUCAACGUUCAUUGGCUAAUUUAUUGGCAUUAUCACGUGGUUGGUUGGUGAAAUUAACUGAUUUUGGCGUAUCGGCAUCAAUUUCAGCAUUUAGUACAAAUGAUAUGGUUAGUGGUGGUCAAACUACACCAGCUGUACAACCUCCAGAAGUAGCCAAAGGUGUACAAUCAAUAUUUGAUGGUACUAAGUUAGAUGUAUACAGUGCUGGUGUAACACUUUAUUUCAUGCUUACUGGUCAUGUACCAUUUUCAUGUCAAAAUGUACUACAAAUAUUUGAAGCAAUUGUUAAAGGAGAUUAUACAAUACCAGGAUAUGUAUCAACCAAUGCAUCAGAUUUGAUUCGGAAAAUGAUGCAGAAAGAUCCUAAAAAACGUUUAACUUUAUUGCAAAUUCGUCAACAAACUUGGUAUAUACAAGAUCCACCAACACCAAUGUCUGUGGAGAAAAUUAAAAUGAAAUUACGCAAUGAAUUAUCACAUAAUCAACAAUUAUCAAAUAAUGAAUCACCAACACAUACAUUAAUUCAUUAUCAUAAACGACAACAUCAUCAACAACAACAACGUGGUAUAAUCUGUUGGCUUGAUCCAUUAAUUUAUCUACGUCGAUGUCAUUCUGAAUAUCCUCUACCACAUAUUGAUGAUACUGGAGCUAGAAUAUUUGAUAUAGAUGAAAUUUUCAAUAAUUCACCGAAUCAAACAUUUACUAGUAGUAAUGAGAAUGAUAUACAAACAUCUUUAUCAAAUAUGAUUAUCAGUGAUAAGGAUGAACACUUGUUUAAUAAUCAUGAUGAUAUUGCACCAAUCUCAGUGAUUGAUCGUUUAAAGGUAUUUCAUGAUUUGGAUGACUAUGAAGAGUAUAGUAGACCAGAAUAUAUGUCUAGUUUUUACUAUUCACCUGAAGCAUGUUUACAAUAUUCCAAUGUUGAAAAACAGCUGGCCAACUUAGGUAUUGGUUCACGAAUGGAACCUGAUCCGACAAUCACAAAUUACCCAUAUGUAUAUAAUAAUCUUUCAAUGAAUUAUUUACACUCUGCUAGCCCUAUUCAUUUAACAGAAGAAACUAGUCUUCGGUCUGGAAAUAUUUGUCAUCCGAUUGACAACGUUCCUGAUAAUGUUAAUAAUAAUAAUAAUAAUAAUCAAUCACACUGUUACUUUUUACCAUCAGAUCAACAACAGUUAACUAAUCAUCAAUCUAAACGAGAAAAAUCUUUAAAAAGUAAUAUGACACCACAACCAUAUUGGUGUCUAGAUCUUGGUGUUCCAGUGUAUGAAGGUAUACAACCUAUCAAUAAUAUGAAUGAUGUAUCGGAACCUCCAGCUUCUCCAGCGGAUUUACCAAUUUCUAUUCCUACUACUUACAGACUACCUAAAUUUGCAAUAAAUCCUAAUGUGACAAAUCGAACUGGUAGUCUACCAGGUCCUAUAGCAUUCAUUCCAUCCGAUUUAAAUGUACCUCGACAAAUGCAGAACAGUGUCAAUAUAAAUAAUGAUAAUAAUAAUAAUAAUAACAAUAGUAAUGAUACAUUAAAUCAAAAAACUUGGCAUUAUGGUUUACGAUCUAUUAAUAGUAUACCAAAAGAUUUUCUUAAUUUCACUUGUUCAAAACAACAACAACAACCAUAUCAAAAAUCUACCAAUAUCAUUGCUAUUGAUCCUGAUCAACUAUCGAAUGAUUUGAAUAUAGAUUUUGAUCAAACUCAUAUGAAUUCAACAUUGAAUAGACAAGAACAAUUUAUGAAAAGAGAUUAUCAUUCAACUAAUAAUAAUACUAAUCAUUUGAAUAGAUUCAAUCAAUGGUUUUUCAAUCCAUUCAAUUCAUUUCGUAAUCGAAUAAAAAGUAUACGAUUUAAAAAAGAUGCUUCAAAUAAUUCUCAAACUACUACUAAUACUACUACUACUAAUAAUAAUAGUUAUUCACCAGUUGUUUCAACGACCAAUUCUACUUCUUCAUCUUCUAAUACUAUUUAUUAUAGAAAUGUGAAUAGUGCUACAGAAUUAACUUCAACUAUUGAAAUCACAUCAUCAUUACCUAAAAUUCAAAUAGAUGAUAUUUCUAUUCAAUCUACUGGAACUUUACCAAGAACACGUAAUCGAUUAAAACCUUGUUCACGUAUAUUUUCACGAAAGAAAGUUACAGGAAGAAAAUAA